AUGCUUGGCGAUGAUGAACGUGACCUGCCGAAAAGUGAAUGGUUUCAUACUGUACUGGUUGCACUGGUAGUCACCAUUUGCUUCAACAUCACUGUGCUUUCAUACAGGUACUAUGCAGUGAUUCGGCGAGAGAAGUUGGACAGGCAGCAAAAAAGUAAAGAACAAGUUGCAGAACAGUGGUAUCUGGAGAAAGAGGUGAUCAAGAAAGAAGCAGAGAAUCGUCGAAAGAAGAGAGAAGCUGCUAAGAAACUUCUCUAG